AUGCGUAAAGUGGAGACAUGUCUGUUAGAUAUUUGUUUGAAUUCGAAUCAUAUCGAACUGGAUCGGAAUGAGCAGCAAAAACGCUACUGUGUGAUUGGCGCUGGAAGUUCGGGUGUUUGCGCGGCUAAAACGAUUUUAGAUACGGGAGGCUACGUAACUAUAUACGAGCGAUCCGACCAAAUCGGUGGCACAUGGGUGUACACGGACGAAGUCGGAACCGAUCGUUAUGGACUACCAAUGCAUUCCAGCAUGUACGAAACCCUUAAAACAAAUCUACCGAAGGAAGUAAUGGGUUUUCCAGGCUUCGAAAUGUCUAGUCAAGAUGCGUCAUAUGUUCGCUGGGACGAGGUGCUGCAAUUCAUUCGAGACUAUUCUGAUCAUUAUGGUGUUACCAAAUGGAUCGCGUUUGAACAUUUGGUCGAAGAGGUAAAACCAGCACCCCAAUGUACCGAUGGUUGGAAUGUUACUGUACGACAUUUGACUAGUGGGAAAAUAUCGACAGAAACGUUUGAUUUCGUGUUGGUUUGCAAUGGGCACUAUCACACACCAAUCGUUCCACCAUAUCCAGGCGCUGAGUGUUUCCAAGGCAAGCAGCUGCACAGUCACGACUAUCGUAGGUCAGACAUUUUCAAAGAUCAGCUAGUGCUGGUAAUUGGUGCUGGACCUAGUGGAACGGAUUUAACAUUGGAGGCAGCCAAGAUGGCAAACACCGUAUACUUCAGUCACCACGUACCAGAAAAGUUGAAGCAGCUAAUCUUUCCUGCGAAUGUGUUGCAAGUGCCGGACGUAUUGCGGAUCCUGAAGGAUAGUGUUGAAUUUGUGGAUGGAUCGCAGCAUCCCGUAACGGUAAUCUUCUACUGUACCGGUUACCGAUACAGUUUUCCUUUUCUGCAUUCUGACUGUGAUAUGCAGGUGGAUGAUAACUGGGUUCGACCGCUUUAUAAACAUGUGCUGAAUAUUAAUCAUCCCACGAUGGCAUUCAUUGGGCUACCGUUUUAUGUUUGCGCAACACGUAUGUUCGAAUUGCAGACUCGAUUUUGUGUACAAUUUUAUAGUGGACGAAUACCGAUGCCCAGCAAGGAAGAAAUGAUGCUCGAUCAUGAGCAAGAAAUGAACGAGCGGUGGAGUAAUGGAUUGAAGAAAAGGCAGGCUCAUAUGAUGGGUGCGCAAUAUCAAGGACAGUACUAUCAAUCUCUGGCGGACCGUGCACGGAUCGAAUCUAUACCAAAGGUCAUGACGGAUAUGCAUAUUGAUAGUUCAAGGCGAAAGAAGGAAGAUUUACAACACUAUCGCAACGAUGUGUACCGCAUUGUGGAUAACAACACUUUUGUGAAGUGUGACAUUUCUGAAUUACAUCAGAGGAGGGAGAUAAAAUUUAAUGUAAAAUAA